AUGGGGUACAGUUUUUCGCGGGCUCAAAUGGAGGACUACAAGGAGCUAGUCAAGGACCGCUUCUCUGAGGAGGCCAUCGAGUUUCUGUACGUCAAAUUUCACAAGGCGGCGCCUGAGGGCGUCAUGACGCCUGUAGAAUUUAAACGCUACAUAGACAGUACAGGUGUGUAUAAAAACUACAGACAAACCCACCUGAACGCACCGUUGCCAGGCCAGAUGAAGAGUGCUAGUGGUACUGGUGGUGGCGCAGGGAGCGCGGCGGCGAAGAAGACAUCGACGCACAUAGUGGACAGAGAGAUGUACUUGCACCUGUUUCGUGCCUACGAUCGUGAUUGCGACGGUGUGAUUUCCUUCAGGGAAUUUCUGCUGUAUCAUUUGGCGGUGAUGUACAGUACCGAAGAGCUGUUUGUUGUUGUGUUCAACGCAUACGACGACGACCAGGACGGUUAUCUCUCCCUUGCGGACAUAGUCAGCACCAUCACCGCGGCAACGCGUUACGUGGGGGACUGCGACGUGGAGGAUGAGGAGGUGCAACGCGUGAUUGAAGAGGAGGCGCAGCGACUCAUGUUUUUUUUGGACGUCCGCAAAGAUGGGCGUAUUCGGCGCGAUGAUAUGCGGCUGAUCACGCAGAAGCACCCCGAAGUACUGGAGAAGAUGAAGAAUUUGAUGUGA